CAAACAAACAAAUAUAUAGCUAUGUUAACGUAGUCACACGAAAUAAAUGUUAAUUGAUUCGAGGCGUUUUGUCCACUCACACAUUAUAUUAUCAAAUUGCGGUUCAUAAACGCAAGGAGGCUUUUUCGUUUUCGGGGACGAAGAGGCGGAACUGUACAUUUGUAGUUUUUUUUGACGUUAGCGUAAAUUCGCCGCAAUGGCGGAGGGAGCUGUAGCUGCUGUUGGAGCUGUUUCGGAUGUAAACACAGCUGGAAACCCGACAGAAAUCGCCAUGGCCUAUUUACAAGACGAGAAGACUGAUGCAGACAUCGCUAACCUCAACCUGGGAGAACUGGACCUCACCACUGACGAGUUUAUCUUGGAUGAAGUGGACAUCCACAUCCAGGCCAAUCUGGAAGACGACCUCGUGAAGGAGGCGCUCAAAACGGGCGUUGACCUCCGGCAGUACUCCAAACAGGUGGAGUCGGAGCUGCAGAGGAUUGAACAGGCCUCCAUCAAAGACUACAUCAAGGAGAGUCAGAACAUCGCUCUUCUGCACAACCAGAUCACCGCCUGCGACUCCAUACUGGAGCGUAUGGAGGGCAUGCUGAGUGGCUUCCAGAGCGACCUGUCCUCCAUCAGCAGUGAGAUCCACACUCUGCAGCAGCAGUCGGUCAGCAUGAACGUCCGGCUGAAGAACAGGCAGGCGGUACGCAGCCACCUCAGCCAGCUGGUGGACGAGCUGGUGGUGCCCGGAGCCAUGAUCUCCACCAUCCUGGACAGCCCUGUGACGGAGCAGGAGUUUCUGGAGCAGCUCCACGAACUCAACAACAAGAUCAACUUCGCCAAAGAGCUGAGCUUCAGAGAGACGCUAGCCUGCUCCGACAUCCAGGACAUCGUCGACCGACUCAAACUCAAGGCGGUGUCAAAAAUCCGAGAGUUCAUUCUUCAGAAGAUCUACUCCUUCAGGAAGCCGAUGACCAACUACCAGAUCCCACAGAACACUCUGCUGAAGUACAGGUUUUUCUAUCAGUUCCUUUUGGCCAACGAGAGAACAGUUGCGAAGGAGAUCAGAGACGAGUACGUGGACACGAUGAGCAAGAUUUACUUCAGUUACUUCAAGUCGUACAGCGGCAGGCUGCUCAAAGUGCAGUAUGAGGAGGUUGCAGACAAAGAUGACCUGAUGGGAGUAGAAGACACAGCCAAGAAAGGUUUCUUCUCCAAACCGUCUCUGAAGAGCAGGAACACCAUCUUCACUCUGGGCCAGAGGGGGGCCAUCCUGAGUCCUGCUGAGCUGGAGGGGCCGAUCCUGGUUCCACAUACAGCUCAGAGAGGAGACAGCAGGUAUCCCUAUGAGAUGUUGUUUCGCAGCCAGCACUACGCUCUGCUGGACAACGGCUGCAGAGAGUUCCUCUUCCUCUCCGACUUCUUCAUGGUGGCAGGAAACUCCGCCCUCGACCUCUUCAACAGCAUCAUGGGAAAAACUCUCAGCAUGUUCCUGAAGAGUAUGUCCACGUAUGUGUCCGACUGCUACGACAGCAUCGCCGUCUUCCUGUGCAUCCACAUCAUCCUCAGGUUCAGAGCCAUCACCGCCAAGAGGAACAUCCCUGCUCUCGACAAGUACUGGGAGGCGGUGCUGGAGCUGCUGUGGCCAAGGUUUGAACUGAUUCUGGAGAUGAACAUCCACAGCAUCAGAAACACAGACCCUCAGAAACUGGGAGUACUAGACACCAGACCACACUACAUCACUCGUCGUUAUGCGGAGUUUUCAUCAGCCAUCGUCAGCAUCAACCAGACAUUUCCCAAUGAGAGAACCCACACUCUGCUGGGACAGCUGCUGGUUGAGGUGGAAAACUUUGUGCUAAAGAUGGCGGCAGAGUUUCCCUCCAGAAGAGACCAACUCAUCUUCCUCAUCAACAACUACGACAUGAUGCUCAGUGUCCUCAUGGAGAGGGCAGCCGACGACAGUAAAGAGGUGGAAGGUUUCCAACAGCUGCUUCUGGCCAGGACGCAGGAGUUUAUUGAAGAGAUUCUGUCUCCCCCCUUCGGAGGGAUGAUCGCCUUCGUGAAGGAGGCCGAGGCUUUGAUGGAGAAAGGGCAGCUGGACCGAUUAAAGAACGAGGAAGCUCGCAUCAUUCAGCUGGUUCGGGGAUUUUCCAGUACGUGGAAACAGUCGGUGGAGUCGAUGAGUCAGGACGUCAUGAGGUCCUUCACCAACUUCAAAAAUGGAACCAGCAUCAUACAGGGCGCUCUGACCCAGCUGAUCCAGUACUACCACGGCUUCCACAAGAUCCUGAACCAGCCGACGUUCCGCAGCCUGGCCGUCCGCUCCGAGCUCAUCAACCUGCACCACCUCAUGGUGGAGGUGAAGAAGCACAAACCCAACUUCUAACAGAGUGGCUUCGUCAGCGGAGAAACCCCCCCCCCCCGGUAAACAUCUGCUUCAUCAACAAAACGCAGACUGGUUGUUUUUGAAACAUGAUACCUGAAAACACCUGGAGUCUGGAGGUGUUGACUCCUUCCGGUUUUCUCCUCCUCCCCUUUCAGCUGAAGAACAUACUGUACAUUUUGGAAAGCAUUAACAAAGCAAGACUUUUUCUGCAGUUUCUCUCCAGCUGCAGAAAAAGUCAUAUAGAUCAGUAAGGUUCUACACAGAGACACGAGAUCAUGUCCUCACUGGAUAUGAACCAAGUCAUUGAGUCACUCUGCAUUAAAACAUGACCAAACAUCUAAAAAGAUUAAACGUGGAAAACAAUGAGAUAACCCUAAUAACAAUCAGCUGUACGAUCACUGCUUGUCUGUAACAGAUUUAAUUAAAUAAUCAGUUAGACUUGAAGUUAUGUUCCUUCAGAUUUCAGCCCUGGUUGGUUUGGGACCCCUGUGGUCACUGAUGGGAACUGCAGGUGCAUUUUACUACCACAAGAAGAUGAACUGGUGUAUCUGUUUAUCGUGCAGCCAAAAAACAAACGAGUUGUUUUAAUAAAAAAAGUCAGUCAAUAAUCUGCCUUUUUCCAUCAUGCGAUGAGCAACCUCCAUCUGAUUUCACGCUGCACACAGAGCAAGUAGUUUUCCACCCAACAGCAGGGACACAGUAAAAGGAGUUGGUUAUGUUUCUGAGGAGUUCAUCCAGCAGCUUACUGUGGCCGAUCCUGACUCUUCAUUUUCCCUGACAGACGUACAUUUGAUCCAAUGACAACAAAAAGAGCGUUCUCUUGUUUAGCAGACAGUGAGGCUAAUGUCUAUCACAUCAAAUAACAAUCGGUAACACUGGAUUAAAGGCUGCAUCGUUUCCUCGUGUGUGUGAAGGUAAUUUGAUUCGAGCGCAGGAAUGGCAGACCACGCCACUAACAAUGAAAACUACUAUAUAGGGAGGGGAAAAGGCCAACCAUACAUAGUGAUUAAAAUGUUAAUGAUUAUAUCUUUUGAAAAGACAUUUUAAAACAAAAUACUAGUGUAACAGUUUCCUAUUUUAUGAUGAAAAUAUAAAAACAGAAAGAAGUUUAGUAAAGCGACAAAAAAACCCAGCUUGUCCGUGGGUCAAAAGGUAUGAGAAUUUGGACUUUGAUCAUGAAACACUGAACAGAAAACACUGUUUGUUUUUCUUUUGUCUUUGUUUUUUUAAUUUAAUCCAGAAGAGGAACUCAUACACUGAUAAUAUU